AUGCGUCUGACUUCUAUUGUGCUCUUUUCCCUGGUCUCCUUGGGCUUUGCCAGGGAUCCCUCCGAUAUUACGCACUCCCCAAACCGCUCGAAGGCCAAAGGAGCACAACUUGAGUCAUAUUGCCCUGGUCAAGACGCUGAUGAAGACUUGCAACGCGAAAUAUUCAACCAAUUCAUCCAAACGCUCUACGAGAACAAGAAUGUGCCGGAGGCUUUCGAGACAUAUGUCGACCCCGAUCUGACGGAGCAUGGUCCCUAUGAACAAAGCCGUGAUGAAGUCGUGGAAAGUCUGUCUCAAAUCAUCCCCACCUCUACGUUCACGGUUGUGCACUCAUCUUAUGGUGGAGACAUUGGGUUCGUCCACGUCAGAAUAGGAGACGAAGGCGCGCCGCCAGCUGCUGCUCUUGCGGACAUAUAUCGUAUGGACGGGACCUGCAUUGUCGAGCAUUGGGACGUUCUCCAAAAUCUCCCGGAAAAUUCCACGAACCCGAAUGCCCUGUUCUGA